UGUACUGUGCAUCAGUGUAUAUGUAAACAAGACAUGAACGAAGAGCGCAACUAAGUGUGUUUACGCAUGAACUACAUGCACAUUGUUUUAUUGUAGCGAUGUACAUGUACUUUCGUUUGUGUGCACUGUAUAAUUGUUCUUCUGGCUAUGUAAAGCGUAAGGAAAAUGUCCAUUUAUGCUUUUCCGAGUAACACAAACUUUGUUUUGUUUUUAUUAUUGAUGUUUUACUGCUACUGUGCUGGAACAAGCCGACAAUGGAUCAAGAAAAGGAAGAAUGUGUAUCAGACACACAGCAGUGGAUGAAUAAAGCAUUUGAUAUUGCGGAAUUAGCCCUUAGCAAUGGCGAAGUACCUGUCGGUUGUGUGUUUGUCUGUAGAAAUAACGUUAUAGCUGAUGGUGCAAACACAGUUAAUAGAACAAAAAAUGCAACAAGACACGCCGAGAUGAACUGCAUAGAUAUGGUAAUGCGUUCGUGUAAAAUAGCCGAUGUAGAUUGGAGAAAAGUAUUCCCCGAAGUUGAGGUUUUUGUGACUGUGGAGCCAUGCAUCAUGUGCUGCAGUGCACUGUCAAGCCUACACGUUAAACGAGUGACAUACGGAUGCGACAAUUUUCGUUUCGGUGGCUGUGGAUCUGUCCUCGAUGUACCACAGCUCACAGAUAAUCCACUGGUGACAGUGUCUGGAGUGCAGAAGGACCGUGCCAUUGCACUGUUGAAGCAGUUUUAUCAGGGCAGCAAUCCUAAUGCUCCCCCUUCCAAAAUUGCAAAGAAGGAGGCACGAUUAGAAAGGAGAGCCAUUAGGGAAAAGCAGGAUUGCGAGGACAUUCACUCCAAAACAGAAAGUGCUAUGAAUUGUCCUGUUCCUGACAAGUCUAACAAUACUGGGCAAAGUAAUCACAUUGUGAACUGAAGCACUGAAGAUAAUUACUAUGUAUUUAUUUGUCAUAAUAAAGUACCCCAUAUCCUCUUA